ACAAAUCUUGACUUUCACACUCAACUUGAAACAAAUAUGGCGGAGGCGGACGAGGAUGCUGCGAAUGACAAAUUGACCUCCCAUCAAUCCUGUGUAGCAGAGGAGGUCAAUAAAAUCGAUGAUGAAGGUAAAACGAAAGUUUUCGGAACAAAUGCUGACGAAGAUGGCGAUGUAUCUGAUAUAAGUGAAGAGGAAAGGGAUUCAGUGUCAUCAGACCCGCAGAAAAUCCGGCCUAAAAAGAAAGUAAAGAAGAAGAGAAGAUCGAAGUCUUUCAAUAGCAACGACGAAGAAACAUCAAGCUCGGAUGAAGAUGUCCAUAGCAUAGUGGCAAAUAGUAAAAACAGAAUAGGAGAUAUAAGCCUGAAAGAUUUAACUUGGACAAUGUGGCUUUGGUACUAUGUUGUGGCAGUAUCAUCAGGAGCUUUCCACUUUGCAGAGUAUCUUGGGGAAAAGCUUGCAGACUUUUUUGGCAUUACAUCUCCAAAGUAUCAGUAUGUCAUAGAUGAAUAUUAUCGUAUGAAGAGAGAGGAAGAGGAGGAGAGGAAGGCAGUUGAAAAAGAAGAGGAAUUUGUACAAAAGAAAAAGCUUGAGAAACUCUCACAGCUUGAAGUAGGUGCAGAUGAUUUAAAUCCAACUGAAGACCCUCUACAGAAGCUAUGAGUCUGGCAGUUAUGAACAAGUAAACAUGUUCCAUAGAUGUACCCGUCCUCUAGUGUAAUGCUUGCCUUAAUGUAGUACCAUCUUUUCUAAAAUAACCAAUUAGAGGUUUGAAAGGAUGGAACCUGCACAAGCAGUCAUGUGACAGCCCAAAGCUAUUUCAACAUCAAUUGUUUAGAUUUAGUGCUCGAUUUAGUGAUUAGAUUUAAUGUUGUGGCCCCAACCUAUUUCAACAUUAAUUUCAGAUCCUCUGUUGAUCUGCAUAUAACUAAACCCCACCCUCCCCUGAAUCCAUAAUAAUUAUUUACUGAUCCCUAACAAGAUAAUAAUAAAAUUUAUUCAGGUUUGGCUAUCUCAAAAAUGUAUGUUACUAAUAACAUCUACAGUGUGAGUGUUUGAAAAACAAAAUAUAACCAUGAACACUGUGAUAAGAAGCUUCUUUCAAAAUAAAGUCCUUUUCUUACCAUUUACAACAGAAAGCACAAUAAAAGUAUUUUGUGACUUGAUAAGCUUCCAUCAGCUAUGUAUUAAGUAAAAUGUUUUCGAUUUUAAAGUUAAUGACACAAGCCAGAUAAGGUUGCUUUAUACAACACUAUCACAGCAACAAUUAGAUAUUGUCAUUUUACAGUGCAUUUCUAAGGACUUUUAUUUCAAAGUGAUAGGAUGAAAAUAUAAUUCUUUAAUGCAUGAUCACAGUUAUACAGGUAUUUUAAUUGUAAAAUUGACAUGCAAAUAGUUUAUAAAUCUUCGUUACUUAUAAUAAGGGUAUGUGUAUGUAUUAAGCUUUAAUAUUGAAUGUUUAGCAGGAUGUUAGCAGGAUGUUAGCAGGAGUAGUUUUUUUUACCCAUUUUGAGGCCGAGUGCAUGGCUCCAAUACUCCUUAAGGCAAUAGGAUUAAGGACCUUUGCCAACCAUGUCUGUUUCUAACAAUAAAAUCAGCUAUAUAUUUGUUUGGAGUUUUGUUAUGCUUACCACAAAUUUAGGCCAAGUCUACCUGGGGUGCAGUGGGAGUUAAAUUUCAAGGGGGGGGCUUAAGCUGGAAUUUUUCCCAAUAUCCCAACAAAGUGGCGAAAUUUUCAUGACUUUUCUCCUUAACCCCCUGCGACUUCGUCCCUGACGUUUGCACCUAUAUGCUUUUAAAAUAUUCUGCUUUCAUCUCAAUUAAAGGAUUAUAAAGUUUUGUUUGCCCUUCCUAAUACUGCCUUUUAUUAUUUUUAUGUAGACAGAAGACACAAACAUACAGAAUAAUUUCGAUCCUUUUGGUACUGUUUGGCUAGCCCCUCGCAUUAUAGAUGCACUUAAAUUGUGUGUAAAAGCGGUUAAAAACUCCUGUUUGAGGUCAAAGCCCCACUGCUAUUGAAACAAUCUUGAGUAUAAUGCAGCGUUUCAUAUACGUAAAAAUUUAACUAGAUAUAACGUAACAGUUGUCAGAAUAAGUUUCUCAAGAUUCAUUAGGAAACUUUUGCAGUUUAUCAAUAAACACAAUGUAUCGAGAGUAAAUGUUGCUCCUUCCUGUUAUUUUCGUUCUAGACAAGGUGAGGCAAACGUAUGGUUGUCAGUUUGCCAUUCCUCCCCGUUCUCACAUUAUGUAUUAUCUGGCAAGGAAUCUGGCAAGUUGCUCGUAGAGACUUUUUCUCUUUGCUCAAAGGUAAAAUCUGUUUUCCUAAUCACAGUAGGGAAGCAAAAAGCAAGCAAUUUUGGGAUUGUUUCCUGAAGUGGAACAACUAUCGAUGAGAAUGAAUCGUCUUUUCUUAAUAACUGCUAGUGAGGAGAUGAAAUUCUACGUUGGACGGGAACCAGGAAAGAAUCUUCUGCUUUAGUAUUCCUUUUUGGGCUGCCCUUUUCUAUAAUUUAGGGGACGCCCUAACACCCCAUAAUUCGGUACCUCUGGUGCAUGGCACGGGGCCAGUAGUUGUAUUGUUGUGGUCUUGAGGAACAUGGACCAUGUAGAGGGUUAAGUGCCCAUCAUUUUUCUGCAUGGGAAGUAGCAACCUUAACCUCUUUUGCAGCUACCCUCAGAAUUGCUUGCGUCCUAGAUCUUGAGGGCUUGCGUUCACGCAGUAGGUAUGAAUUAUCGAAUUCGUUUCAAAUUUGUUGCUGUUUUAUUUUACUUAGCUCUGUUAACUUUACUUAGCUUUUAUUUUCAUGUGUAGAAUGUUGUGCGGUCGCUCCCAGUAAAAUAUAAAUAUUUAUUUUGUUGUCUGCUUAAGAUUAUUAAGUAUCUUUAUAACAGAGCAUGUUGCGAAACGUAUUUGAAGAAUUUGAUCUUUGUUCAGCAUCACCAUUAAAAUGAAUAUCACACCGUUUUUAGC